UAGGACUGGAGUGCCGGCUAUUUUAUUGUUUUCAGCUGUUAGUGGGUUUCCGUAGCUUGGACUGCUGGUUCUUACAUAAGUGCUAUGUAGAUUUAUUAUUGCUGAUUUUCAGAAACAUGCAAACCUUAUUUUAGCGUCUUAAUAGUAAUCAGAGGGUUCUUACAUAAAAACUCAACUACACGCAGCUUAUCUCAAUCUCCCUAUUUUGAGAAAGUGGCACAAAAACCCCGAAUUUCCUCGAAUCAAGGGGUAAAGACAUGUUGAGUACCCUAACUAAGUCGAUAAGUAAGAGCUAGAAAGUUAUAGAGUGUGGAUUUUGCCUAUAGACAAAACUAAGGAGUACUAUAUAUAGCACUUUAGUUUUUAAUUUCCCUCUAAAUUAUGUGUAGAAAGUAGUCCUUUACUCAAAAACGAUCGAUGAGUCAGUACAACCUUAAGUCAGCUAAUUGUAAGUUGACGCUCAUGGUUUGCUAUUCAUUGACGUACUGUUUGUGUGGUGUAGUAAUGCGUAAUUAGAUGAAUGGUCCUAAAUCUUCAAUCCUGGAGAAAUGUUCAUUAAGUUUGGAGAUUAUUCAUAGCUUCUACUUGUUUGUGGUUAUUAUCUCUAUAUCUUUUCUAAUUCGGCGGUAAACCACUAAAAGAAACCUAUUUAUUGCUGUACAAUUAACGCAAGCACUCUUCGGGCCAAAUAUUUAUCAUGAAAAAGUAGUAAUCCUUUCGGAAAUAGAACAUGAGAUAUAUGGUGAGAAAAUUCACUUUCUGGUAUAAUGGUGAAAAGAAAGAAAAUUUGUAUUCUAUCUAUCAAUGUACGUAGUUCUCCUUAAAUCGGCUGGUGAUAAUGCUACUAGCAUCGGUGAUGACCCUUAUGUACAGAUAUUAAAAAACUCAGGUUUCAGCGUAGACUUACUGGAAACUCUUGAUUUCGAGUAUAACAUAUCAAAUCUAGCGGAAUACAAAAAUUGGAGGAACAAUCACAGUUGCAUUAUUUUUAGUAGCCCACGUUCCGUUAUCGCAUGUGUUAAAGCUGGACUAACAGGUAAUGAAAAUGACCUUUGUUUCGUUGUUGGUCCUAGCACUGAGUUACAAGCUAAAAAAGCUGGAUUUUCGCCUAAGGGAGCUGAUUCUGGUGAUGCGGAGAAGCUCGCAAGUUUUAUUUUGAAGCACUUUUCCUCAAAAUUGGAUAAACCUAUAUUUUUCCCAUCUGGGCAAGUACACCGCGACACACUACCGAAAGUUUUGGAAAAUGAAGGAAAAAAAGUAAAUACCGUUGUGGCCUAUUCUUCUGUAGAAAAUACUCAACUUCAUGAAAAACUGCGAUUGAAUUUAUGUGAAGGAAAUCCUAUUCCUGAAUGUUUAGUAUUUUUCAGUCCCUCUGGCGUUUCAUUGACUGAAAAUAUAUUAUUAACCGAAAUUAAACCACAUCGACCGAAUAUUAAAUUGGUUGCUAUGGGACGCGCAACAGCAACACAAUUAAAAGAAUUAGGUUUGACUGUUUCAGCGGUUGCCUCAUCACCUAAACCGGAAAGUCUACUAACAGCACUAAAGCAGUUAAAAUGAUGUUUAUAGUCAUCAGUAAAGAAACUUUUUAUCUUUUCAAAUCCUAACUCUUUGUUGCUUUUAAUAUGCUUUGACUUGUUUGUAUUUAUUUAUUCCCAAUCAUUUCCAAUACCAAGGCAAUUUUAUUGCCUUUUGGGGAUAGUACAGGUAGUAGACACUAUUUAUUCAAGCUGCAUUGAUUGUUUUUUUUUCUGCGAAGAAUAUAUUUAUAUGCUUUUUUUAUUUUACAAAAAUUGUGCCUUGUUUACUUAUUUAUAUCUUUAUUUGUAAUUUGUGAAUUACACAAUCUAUUUAUUUGUGUAAACUAAUAAUGAGCUCAAUUCUAUGGAUUGUUGACAUUAUUUUUUAUGCAAUGCAUUUGAAAUUAGUAUUUUAAAUAAAUUUAAUGUUCUACA